AUGUCCUUCGGCUUUGCGAUUGGAGAUUUCGUAGCAUUGGGAAGGCUAGCAUGGGGGCUCUACAAGCAAUGCAAAGGAGCCUCGGCAGAGUUCGCUGAAGUUUGCCACGAGGUCUUGUCAAUCCACACGGCCCUUCGCGAGCUUGAAGACGAAGCUCAAAAUGAAGACUCCAUACUCAACCGUGCUGGAAAGGGAAGGCAGAAGGAGCUCAACAAUAUUCUUCAGAACUGCACAGAAGUUCUUGGACAACUUGAGAUGUUAGUAACCCGAUACCGCAGCCUAGGUACAAGCCAGAGAAAAGUGUGGGACCGCAUCAAAUUCGGUGACGAGGGCAUUCAAGUCAUUCGGAACAAACUGGUGCUUCACACCUCAACAUUGACACUGUUUCUGACCAGUCUUGGCACUGGAUCUCUCGGCCGAAUAGAGAAGAAGCUAGACGAUAUUGCAGCAGAGAUACGAGCAGGCCAUCAUGAACUUUCGGUCAUUACUGCUGUCAACGACGAACUUGGGCCCUCGCAAAGCGAGGCAUGGACUUUCCUUUUCAGGGAGCUGGCGGAAGACUUCUCAGUGCAAGAAGUUGAAGCUUUCAAGGGGGAGAUCCAGGCCUACAUCAAACAGUUGGUGGAUCGAGGAGCGCUUGAAGAACAUGGCUCCUCUCCUUUUUCAACCAAAAAUGCCGAGGACUUGUUAACGCCUCGGUUAUCUCCUUCCCCCUCUCCAGUAGUGGAGUCGUCUGGUGCUUCUCCUGCACCUAUUGAUUGGCGAAACAGGUGGUGGCCACCGAAGCCGACAGCUACUAGCGAUUCUGAUAGUGAAGGAACGGAUAGGGUUGUUCGUCCACCGCCGAAUAGGUUACAGCCUGACAAAAGAGCCACUUCAACCCAAACCCGUCGGUCAUCCACAUGGAAGAGAACUGAAGACCGUGAAUUGGAGAUAGCUAAGAGCACGCUCAACUCCAGCACAGUCCCGUCUGGUCUUACUGACAACAUCUUGCUCCGCCCAAUCGAGGACAGAGGCGAUGAAUCAAGAAGAUGGGGCGAGAGUUGCAAAAUUGGCAUUGAAAUUGGUAAUGAUUGCUGCCGUGUGGCUGCGUAUGACUUCGUUCGUGAAGAAGCCGUCUCUCUUUCCGAUGACUUUGGCUGUACAGAGAUACCCACCUGUAUUGCAUUCACCCGGGAUAAGAUUCUGGUGGGCCAUGCUGCCAGAAACCAGGCAACAAGCAAUCUUGAAAAUACAUUCUUGGGCUUUACCUGCCUCUUGGAAGAAUUAAACACUGACUGGAGCAGCAAAACUCGACUUGAUUACCAGAAGUUUCAGUGUUCCUCGCUUCGCCAGAGAGGCCAAGACUUGGUUGUUUACGUUCCCUGCCGUCGGAGGCACUAUACUCUGGUCGAAUUGACCGCAAAUCUUCUUAGCUAUUGCCGACAACUAGCGGAAGCCCGCUGCUCGUCAGCUGCGCUACAUGUCUGCAUCACGACGUCUUCAACUUGGGGUAUUUCUACCUUCAGAACGCUGGCUGAAGCUGCUGAAGUUUCUGGGAUUGUUUCCCCGGCGAUUGUGUCAUACGGGAUCGCUUUUGGGCUCAAUUACGCAACUCGAAAACAAAUUUGGACCCGCCAGGACGAGCUGAGCAGCAUGAUCGUUAAUAUGGAUUCUCGGGGGUGUUCCAUGUUUCAGAUCGUGGUCGUUUCCGAUGCAGAGGGCCGACCACAAAUUUCUCUAAUGGGGUGUCGUAUGUUACAAUACGGCUUCUCUAUUGAUGAAGUAACAGCGUCCUCGCUAAUUCCAGAAGCUCUCCCAUCCAAGCAUUACAUAAAGAAAAUCGGAAUGCAAAUGCAAGAUGCGAGAGGAAACUUCUUGCGAGGCGGAGAACGAUUCUUCGAUUUUCCGAGGCUAGGGGACGUUGAAGACUUCGUGCCCGUGCCACCACGUGUUGACAUGUGCUCGAUCGACGAGAACUAUCUGAAAAAUUUAUUGGACCAUCUUCAAUAUUGUUGGUAUGCAGCAAGGCCAGUGGAUUCGUGUAUACUGACGGGUGAACUGGCACUCCUUGAAAGCGUGCAAUCAACGUUCAAUCAGCAUUUAUUUUCAAACUUGGACCCUGCUUGCAUACUUGGGGUUCCGAGCCCCGACGAUCCAUUCAAUGCCUCCAAGGGAGCGGCGGAGCUAGAUCUGCAUACAGUUGACGUGGACGAGUUUCUGCCAUAUUGUCUUGAACUCCAAACCCUUAGCCAGGACCAUCAAACUCAUUUCCUUGUUCUGGCGGAUUACAUCAAACGUGGGCAGCACCGUGCUUCAUGGUCAAAUCUUAUGCAUUUGGUUCCACAAUCGACGAAGCAGGGCGGACUGUAUUUGAAAGUCGUCGAAACAGACCGUAAGAGCAAAGCUUUGACACGUGGGGUCCUGUUCGAGGCUGCAAUCAAAAUCGCUAUGGUUAGUAGCCGGUACAGCCUGGCGGUUUCUGUUGACGUAGACUUCAAUAUCGGAUUCAAGCUGCAGUGCGAGGACGGUGUACAGGAUGAUGGCGUCCUGGCAGAAGUCCAUUGCUCCAAUUCCAGAAUCGUGGACCUUCGACGUGGAAAUUUCGUGGUUGUCACGGAGCGGAUAAGGAAAGAAUGGCUAAUGAAGCCGCUUGGAGAAGAAAUUGCGCCAUCACCGACUUUCAAGGCGGAUGGGAAGAACAUCAAACCUCCUGGGAGAGACCGAGGCCACAAGAGGGAUGUGAAGUCAAAGCGUGACAGUAGGACAGAGACCAAUAAAUCGAGGCAGCCUAAGCCGACAGCUAUGUGGAAGAUAAUGGGAUUGGUCUAG